GACAUCGGAUGCUUUGAAGGAGGUUUAUUUUCAGUUAAUUGUUAGAGAAAUGUUAGUUUGAAUCGAUGCAUUUCACGGAAUUGAAGCAGAUACAGCACGAGCACGACGAAUGCUGCCGUGCACGAGCGGCCUGGUGCGCCGCACCAUCGCGGAAGAGGAAGCUCAGUGCGCCUAUAACUGUCAUGUUCUCACUGAGGUGCAAACUGUGCUGGACGAGAUGGUGUAUGACGUGGAGAGCUGCGAGCACGAAUGCGAACUCGUGAAAUUGCGCCAGCAGUUGGCUGCCACAGAGAGCUCGCUGUUAGAGUAUCAAGAACGGGAAAGUGAACUGAUACAUGAGAGACAGCAGGCGUACGAUUAUGCAGUGAAGGUGGAGCAGGAGGGUAGAACGAUCAUGAGCAAGUUGAAUGGACACCUGACUGUGGUUGUAACGGAGCUCGCCAAGAAGGAAGUAAUGGAAAAGGAACUACAACAAGCGAAGGAGCAGUUGAAACUCACAGGACAACUCUCGAAAGAGUUGGCUAGCGCACAGCGAGAGAUCCGAGAGUUGCGGCGAGCUAACGAUAUCCAGUACAUCCUCAGGAGAAACAACUCGGUGCCAGCGAAGCUUGUAUCGGACUCGAAGAUACCACCACGAGGGAAUCAUGCGCCUGCACGCGCCAUGUCCGUCCCUGGGAGAUUACCUGCUGCAAUGAAGGACGGGGUAAACGUCUUCUCACCAUUACCGGAUAACGUUAUGCUCAAGUUGUUUUCCUUCCUGGACGAGGACAGCAUGGUCGCGAUUAGUGUCACUGAUAAAGUACUGGUGAGGCGAGUGAAUGUCAUGUUUGGAGUGACGACACCUUCCAGCUUGGCGAACAGCGCUUCCCCUGCUCCAGUUAAGCGACCAGCAUCCCCUCCACCACGGAAGUCGAAGAACCGAAGCCUCAGCUUUAUCGGAUCAUCAGAAAAGGACAAGGUAACGACAUGGUUGUUGCUCUGCGUCUCGGUUAUGCUAAUACUGUGCUUGCAUUUGAAGCUCUCGAAGGUGGACGCGAUCGUGAAAUCACUAAAACCUGACCAGAUCAAGCUAUUCCACGACAUGUCAACCAGAGUCAAGACAUUAGAGGCCCACCUGGCUCAAGUGCAGACCGAAAAGGAAGAUGUGGCUGCAAGACUGUAUAGUGCAGAAAGCGUUCGUGACUUUCUGAUGGAGAAACUAAAAGACUUGGAAGACACGCUUGCCAACAGCAUGACGACGACAGCUAAAAAGGACGAGCAGGCCGCUGUGGACCGUGAGAUUAUUGGCUUCCUGGAUGCUAAAACGCAGGAGUACGAAGUCGCACUGAAGGAGUACGCGCACCAGAACAACGAUCUUCGUAUGGAACUCGCCCAGCUGCAAGAAGAUCAUGCUUCCAAGACAACGAUCAUCCAAGACAUGGUUGAGCUGCUCACCGACGAGAAGAAGGAGCUGGAAGCGCAGAUCCGAUCGCAGCGUAAGAUCCUGGUCCGCGAAGUCAAGGUACUGCGCGCGCAGAACCAGCAACUUAUCGCCGAGAAAGACCACUAUUUCACGCAGCUCAAGCAACUCAAGCACGCACUGCAGCACCUCGAGGAGCUUAGCUAGCGUUUCCGUAAUCACAUGAAAGUUGAAAUGGUAAUCGUCGCUCUUAUAAAAUUAAACCCCGCUUUAAUAACAUCAACAUUCGAGAA